CAGCCCUCUCCACCGUUUUUAAAUGCGGCCCAAUGCUCUAAUUUGUUCUGGAUCUGCCGCUACUAAUAAGGCAAUGACCAAACUCAUAUUUUUCAGUUGUUGGGUGGUAACCCUGAUAGUACUCUCGAUGCAUACUCUUUCAAUUAAAAUUAAAAUUUUCUCUUAAUUACAAGCAGCAGCGGAUCCAGGGGGCGCGGCCCAACCCUCCUUUGGAUCUCGAGCUAGUAAAGUAUAACACUUAUAAUUUCCGAUUUUUGUAUUCGUUUCAGUGUUUUUCACGUUACGGCCAGCCAUCUCCGUCUUUUUACAAAAAUGGCCCAGUGCUCUACCCUGUCCUAGAUCUGCCGCCGAUUACAAUAAUAGAGAAGGAAAAAUAUGAAGCUAAUGACAUAGUGUACACUCCCUCUCUAAUAAUAUUUCACCUGAUACAUACAGGACAAGACAUGAAGACAAACUCACGAGACUAUCACCCUCAGGCCUCAACGAAGAAGAAACGAAGUUUCACUUUAUGGUAAAGGUUUGUUGUCUCUAUAUGAGUUACGGCAUCUAAUUCAUCGAGUUCAUUUAUACCAUUUGUUAAUUAUUCAUGUAAUAAUUACUGUUACACACGUAAAUUAAAUUCUAAUUUUUUAAUUUUAAUAAUUUAUAUUGAUCAUAUUUUAUAGAGUUUAAUUAAAAAAAUUGUUGCAUGGAUGAUGAUAUACGCAAUGACUUUCAUUUUAACAUAUUUCAAAUUUUAAAAAUCAAUUUUACAACGGCAUGAAUGAAUGACAACAUCGAUGUGAAUAAAUUCUCUUAUUUUUUAUAUAUUUCAAAUUUUAAAAAUCAAUUUUACAAUGUAACAUCUAUUUUCCUUCUCUCUUGUUUUUCAAAUUUUCUACCUUCUCUCUAACAAUUUUGUCCAAGCUUUCAUGGGGCUGCUGCCGGUGCUACUUCGUCGACCGGCGGCAGCCCUCCGCCUCUCUGACUUUCCAUCUUGCUUUUCCUUGAUAUUUUCUUGAUUUUCAGUGUUCUUCCCCCUGCAUCUCGUGCUCUGUUUUUCAUCCUUUUUUGGCAUCUUUUCAACCCUGUGUGGGUUCUGUUCUUGGCCCUUAUGUGGUUGGAUGUUGUUUUGUCCUUCGAUUUGGUUUCCAGAUCUGAAGAUGUUUGCACGGUUCUUGAUGCGACGAGGUCGGAUCUGACGUAGACCCAACUUCUCUUCUCCUCUUCCCAUCUUGGUUUAGCUUCUUGUCUUUGCCUUGCAGUUCUUGGCGAGUCGGAGAUGCAGCCCUUGGCGUGGAUCCGGUUGGGAGAGCUUGAAGACAGUGGUAUUCUAACUCUCGGUCUCUUCCACCGGUCAUCCGGUUCUUUUGUUUCCCUUGGCGUGUCGGUGGGUUGCAGGCGGUGAUCGACCCGAGGUGAGUUGGUUGGAGGUGUUUCCUCCUCCUCUCGUCUCCUGGGUUGGGUGAGGUCCUGGCCUCGUGCGCGGCUCGCGACAUCCUCUUCAAUGGGUCGGUGGCCCGCGGUGGUGGAGGUUGACAGAGAGGGCACUGACGACUAGGGUUUGGGGGCUCAUCCUUUAUUUUGGCCAUGAGCCUGGGCCCUACUGGGCUUUUGGGUUUUUCUGUGGGCCUUGUUUGUGUUUAGUUUCUUUCCAUCCUUAGUUUGUUUGUUUCACUUGUACUACUCCUUUGUAGGCUUAGCCCAGUCAUAUUAAUGAACAUCAUCUUUAAAAAAAAAUCAAUGUAAAUAAAUACCAAGAUGCAUCAAUAAUCCUACAUUUUGCGUGAAUAACUAUGACACAAAUGAACAUCAAUGUGACAUAAAUAAAUAUAAAAUUGUCUGAAUAUCUAUCUGACACUCUCUUUCGUCAAUUUUGUGCUCAUAUUCAAUAGUGCAUUGGGGCUUCACGAUAACACCCUCCGGCCUCCACGGACUCUUGUGGCCGUGCACGUCUGGCGGGCUGUUCGUGCGUUUCGACGAUGCCCUUUGCCGGAUGUAGGUGGCAGUGUGGGUUUUGCGGGGUUCACAAGUACCUCCUCCCUAGCUUUUGUGUUCGGUAAGUUUUACAAAGGUAUGGAGGUUCCUUUCCUAAUGAAAGUCUUGGCACUAACAUAUGCAAUGGUUUGGUGUUUAAAUCAUGGACUCUAUAAUAUUUGAUUCUAUGAAGAUUCGCAACUGGUAGUUCGCAAGGCAUAUCGGAGGGCAAUGUUCACCACGAUUGUGUGAGUGCGAUUCUAGAAGAAGUUCGAUUGUUUAAGACUUCCUUUUUGUUUAUUCAAAUUGUUUGUGCUCUUCGUCCCACUAACAGAGUUGUUUAUUUUGUUUUAAAAACGACCCUUUCAUCGAUAACUCGAAAUUUGAAUAACUGUCGCAAUUUACUUUAGAACGAUUUGUGGGGGGACACAGAAAAUCUACUAGGGUCGUUUAGUUUUGGUGAUUGUUUGAUUGGGAUAGUUACAAUGCAUGUAUUGUCCAUAAUGCAUGGUUUUUUUGAAUUUCAUGCACAAACAAUACAUGCAUUGUUUGCUUGAUGUGAUGGACUAUAUCUACUAAAACUUGAGAUUGUUGAGUACAUUACAUCAUUUUCCUAAAUUGCAUAUAUAUUACAAUACUUGCAUUAACCACACUGCAUUGAUUUAAAUAUCACCAGAAUUAAACGACAUAUUGAAUACUAAAGGAACUAUCACGAAAAUCAAACAAUAUAAAGUAUAUUAUAUUAUUUUUCUUAAUUGCAUAUAUAUUACAAUGCAUGUUGUUAACAAUACAUUGAUUAAAAUCAUACCAAAAUCAAACGACCCCUACGUGUUCAGAGGACAACAAAAUAAAUUAUUCAAUUCAAUUAUUCCGCCCCUGGAAAAAAAAUGGCGGAGAUAGAACAGUUACAAAGUUACGGUCACAGAGUCGCUCAGUCGGUCUACGGAGGCUAUAAUUGAAGUCCACACUUCUUAUGAAAAUUCCAUCAUUCAGCGCAGAUCUCCUCUUUCACUCCGAGAACACUCAAAACCUUCAGGCUCCGUCGACAUGGAGAUUUCUUCUUCCGCUCUCCGCCUUCCAUUUCUAUUCUUGCUGGUACCUCUACUUCUUUUCUUCCUCCUCUCCCCUUGGAACCCGCUCCACAACCUUUCCGGCGGUGGCGACUCCGCCGGCCGCCGGACCCAGUUCCCUCCCAAGUCCCUUACCUCAAUAUCUCCCCCGCCUGCCGAACCCCUAUCGCCGCCGCCCAGGAACCACAACUCCGCCACCGCCCGCAACCCGCUCGACCCGCUCACCGUCGGCGAAAUUCACCGUGUCCGAUCGAUUCUCUCCUCCUACCAACCUUUUCUCCAUCACUUCCCUUCGAUUCAAUCCAUGUCCCUCGACGAACCGGACAAAUCGCGGGUCCUCGGGUGGAAAUCGGGCGACCCGAUUCCGUCCAGGAAGGCAUUCGUCAUCGCACUGCUGGACAAUCAGUCGCACCUGCUCACGAUUGACCUCGACUCGGGCCGGGUCGAGACCCACGAGAUCAGUUCCGGGUCGGGUUACCCUAUGCUGACGAUGGAGGACGUCGUGGCGGCGGUGCAGACGGCGGUUUCGUACCCAGAAUUGGAGGCAUCCGCCGCUGCUCGCGGACUCUCGGUGGCGAAUCUGUCCUGCAUCUCGCCCUCGCCGGGCUGGUUCGGACCCGACGAGGAAGGGAAGCGGAUCUUGAAGGUGCUCUGCUUCUCCAAACAGGGGACGCCCAAUUUCUACAUGAGGCCGCUCGAAGGGCUGGUCAUGACCGUCGAUGUUGAUCGGCGAGAAGUCGUCCAGUUCUCCGACACGGGGAAAGGGAUUCCGAUCCCCGGCAGAGCCAACACCGAUUACAGAUUCCGACCCGGGAACAAGCCGCCGGAGAUGGAGCGGAUCAACCCGAUUUCGAUGGAACAGCCGCGUGGGCCCAGCUUCACUGUGACGGACGGACAUUUGGUGAAGUGGGCAAAUUGGGAAUUUCACUUGAAGCCGGAUCAGCGGGCCGGAUUGGUAGUGUCCCGGGUCGUGGUUCGGGACUCCGAAACAGGGGCGGCGAGGAGCGUGAUGUACAAAGGGUUCCCGUCGGAGCUUUUCGUGCCGUACAUGGACGCCGACGAAGGAUGGUACUUUAAGUCGUACAUGGACGCCGGCGAGUUCGGGUUGGGCGCCACGGCGAUGCCGCUUGUUCCUCUGAACGAUUGCCCUCGAAAUGCUUAUUACAUGGACGGGAUUUUCGUGUCAGCGGAUGGGCAGCCGUUUGUUCAGAGCAACAUGAUCUGCUUGUUCGAACGCUACGCCGGCGACGCCGCCUGGAGACAUUCCGAGCUCACUGUUAGCUCCGGCGGUCAAGAGUUAAGGGAAGCUAGAGCUAAGGUCACACUGGUGGCUCGAAUGGCUGCAUCAGUUGGAAACUACGACUACACAUUUGAUUGGGAAUUUCAGACCGAUGGCUUGAUCAAGAUCACUGUAUCUCUAUCAGGAAUGCUGAUGGUGAAAGGGACUGUGCAUGACAACAUGAACCAAGUCCAGAACCAGGAUGAGAUGGGACCGUUAGUUUCGGAGAAUGCGAUCGGAGUAGUUCAUGACCACUUCAUCACGUUCCACCUCGACAUGGAUGUCGACGGGCCAAACAACACGUUCGUGAAGGUGAACCUGGUGAAGGAAGAGAAUGUGGAAGGGAAAACCCCGAGGAAAAGCUAUCUGAAACCCAAGAGACAUGUCGCCAAGACGGAGGAUGAUGCUCGAAUCAAGCUGAGCCUUUACGAUCCUUCCGAGUUCCAUGUGGUGAACCCUUCGAGGAUGUCGAGGUUGGGGAACCCUUCGGGUUACAAAGUUGUUCCUGGAGGGAAUGCUGCUAGCCUGCUCGAUCACUCGGACCCUCCUCAACUGAGGAGCGCUUUCACUAACAAUCAGAUAUGGGUGACACCCUAUAAUCGGAGCGAGCUAUGGGCCGGAGGACUUCUGGUGUACCAGAGUCAUGGAGAUGACACCUUGGAUGUUUGGUCUCAGAGGAACAGGGCAAUUGAGGACAGGGACGUCGUUCUAUGGUACACAUUGGGAUUUCAUCACGUUCCAUGUCAAGAGGAUUUCCCGGUGAUGCCCACUGUUGCGGCCAGCUUCCAGCUUAAGCCGGUGAACUUCUUUGAACGGAAUCCAAUUCUGACGGCUCGGCCGGUGUUCGAGGAGGACCUGCCGGUUUGCCGGCCUUCUGAGUCGGCUUCAAUCAUUUAAGUAGUAGGAACAUGAUAAGAUAAUGGAGUGUUAUAGAUAUAGGGGGAAAAAGGGGGAUUAUGAGCCGCUGGCAACAUAACUAUUGCAAAUUGGAGGUGAAACAACUGCUUUGGGAUGGCUGAUUUAUGAUAAGUGAUAUUGAAGCAAUUGCAAAUUAGUUGACUAGGCACAUAAACAAUGGAAUCAGACCACAAGGCAGCAGUAAACUGACUGUGAUGCA